AUGCGGAAGCGCGAUGGAACGGGUGCCAGAGGACGCCCAGCAGGGGUUGACCAAUCGGGAAGCAGCAAGGAGAUCGGACCAAUCCGGUCUCCGGUGGUUUCUCGUUUAGGAGAGGUGUCUGAGGUACCGCCGGUUUUGCCAUCCACCCUCGCCGAAGAUGGGGUGGACGAAGAAGACGACGAAGCGUUCCCUGCCCUUCCGCCUGCAAGCGGGCACCGCAACACGCCGGGAGAAUUGUUGACACCGCUUCAGCCCCCGUCGGGGGUAACGGCGGCGGCAAGAACUGUCGGACUAAACUACUCUUCACUGGCCGAUAGGUUAGCCACCGAGGCAGCGGCAGCGGCAAAGGCAGCAGCGGGAUCAUCCGGUGCUCUUGAUGGUACAGCAGCGGGAGAUGGUUUCUCGCGGCUCAGCGUCCUACCAAGCUUCGGCAGUGGUCGAGGCGGCGAAGCGAAACCUGGGAGCACUAGCAGUGCCAUUCUCCCAAUCUCGUCCGAUUUGCGAGUGCUGGAGGGGUCCUCGCCCGGGUCGAUGGGCACUGAUGGGGACGUUUCUCGUGGGAUCUCGGCUCUACCUUCACAGUCACCAAAGCUGCCGUCUCCCCCUUCACGACAGGCGGCCGCGGCCAACAGCGUCACAAGGUGCGCUAGCGCGGAGACCGCUGCCCUGAGAACUAGGUUGCGUGACCGCUGGUUUCGGCUUGAGGCUGCGAGGAAGGCCCAGCGACAGCGGGAGGCAGCCGAAAGGGCGCUGAUGACGGCGGAGGAUUGCGCCACUCUCGGUAGCGCAGCCUCCGUGCUUGGCUGGAAUGGUGGCGAUGGUAACCACAGCAGCGCGGAAGAGGGCAUACGUAGUGGCUCAGAUGAAAAUCACGACGAAGGAGAAGCGAAAGAUCGUCGUGACUCGUCGGCACACACGGCAAUGACAAGCGCUACUGCAGAAGCCAGCAGCAGUGCUGUUCUAGGAGCGGGCGUGUCGCCACUACCCCCAAGAACAGUCUCCGCCUCGGGCAUGGCGGCAAUUCAGCGUGCCGAGGUCGCCCUCGUUUCCGUGAGCACAGCCACGCUGCCGAUGGGAACCAAUACGUCGUCGCCACUCAACGAGGACGAGUCCCACCGGGACAUUUCAGCGAUUGUAAGCAUACCAGCAGCAGACGCGGAGCUUAACGAAGCCGCGGGGCCGGCGUCAUGUCGCCCGGAGACCACCAAAGUCGAUUCGGAACUUUCCGAGGAAGAUGGUGGACGUGAUAGCUGCGGCGGCGGCGGCUUACCUGCCGUCACCGGGGAACACGUCUAUGCGGCGUGCCAAGCGGGCAUGGCUGGGCUUCUGAAUGACCUUCUUGUGCGGAGUGGAGGCAGAGCGGCAGAUGGCAAAGACAAGCUGCGUCGGACGCCGUUGCAUCUGGCUGCCGAGGCGGGAUCCCUCGAGUGCGUGAACCUUCUGCUCAAGCAGGGAACGAGGCUUGAUCAGAGAGAUCGCUGGCGCGAGACCCCUCUGCACAAAGCUGCUCGCUCUGGCAAGUGUGGCAUCGUAAAGGCCCUGUGUGCGGCACGAAUGAAGGUUAACGUUCGCAACCGGCACCGAGAAACCCCGUUACUCCUGGCGGUGCGCUCAAACAGCGCGGAUGCGGUUGCGGUUCUACUUGGCUUCGGAGCUCGCCUCGAUGAACCAGAUCUGCACGGCGUUACCCCAGUUGUGCAGGCGGCAAGGAGCGGCCAGGCGGAGCUCCUUAUGACCAUGGCCAACAGCAACCAGGCGUGGAAGAGCAGUCGAGAUGAUUCCGCGCCGUAUUCGAUGGUUGCCAUGAGCGACCCAGCGAGUAGGGCUCGAGGAAAUGCCACCGGGAAACGACGAGCCCUGCAGUCUCCGAUGAACCCUGGGUCGAGCAACAGCAUCAGAGCGAAUGGAGGAAAGGGGAAUGGCGUCCCCGUUUCGGCUCUUUCCCCAUUGCACGAAGCUGCCGCUUCGGGCCAACCGGAAACGUUGUCGCUGUUGCUGCAACUCGGCGUUUCGUUGGAGGAGAGAGAUGCGGCGGCGGGAGUCGGGGGGGACACCCCGCUCGGGAGAGCGGUUAGGGCGGGGCAGAUAGACUGUGCCAAGCUCUUGCUGGACGCUGGAGCAAUGGUCGGUAGAGAGAAUGCACGAGGAGAAACGCCGUUGGUGGUCGCGAUCAGGGCCGGACAAGCCUCGGCAGUGGAACUCCUCUCUCAACACGGCGCGCCUCUUGACGGAGGAAAGUCGAACGGGAGGCUAACUGGCGCAGACGGGCGAGCUCCAACGGGGCCACGGGAAAAGAUGAUGGCUCGAAGGAGAGUGGAGCCGCUUGAGCUUGCUCUGCGUGAGGGACAGCUUGCAUGUGCCGCAGCGCUGAUCGAGGGUGGAGCACGCAUCAAUGAGCGGACGUUGCGGGCAGUAAAAUUGGAACCUUCGGGCGCCGGGGCUACUGAGGACAAGAGUGUCGCUCAAGGAAGACAAGUAAUUUACGCCGGAACCAGCCCAGGCGAAAGCCACCGUGGCGGCGGUUGGAGCGGGAAUGGCGGAGCGGGAAGCGCCACUACCCCUGCGAUCACACUUCCUGUACAGGCGGACAUACUCAAGAGACUGUCCCCCGAGGUGUCUGAGAUCUCCGACUCAGCUCCUCCUAAUGGGGGUGGCCUCGAGGUCGACCCUGAGUACGACUGCGACAUGUUGGACAGGGAGUCUGUGGACAUCCGCGAAAUGUGGCGAGAAAAAGACUUGGCACGUCGGGAGCCUAGCGCAGGCGGCUCGAAAGAGACGGCGGCGGAGGGAGAAGCGGCCACGAGGCCGGGACGUCCAGCGGAAUACGUAGGGGGGCUCAGGCCCGCCCUCGCCGGACACGACCCACCUGGUCAAGGACGAGGCGCGGCCUCAGAGCAUCAACGCCAGACUUCACCAUCAAUCUCGGAAGCGGCGGUGGCUGCGGCGGCCUUUGCUGCCACCGCAACAGUGGAGAAUGCGGCCUGGUGGGCACCGGCCGUCAUAGACUGGGGGCCCGAAAGGGGGGAAGUUUCCGUAAGAUUUUGGGGUGCGGGUACCAUGUCGGCGGUAGUCAAGCACGUCUACACCGGCCAACCGCCAUCGAACAUGCACGCGGACGGCCUGGGGCGACUGCUCGUCGCUUCGGUAUCGUUGAGGAUGAACCGAUUGAUCCGGCAGGUGGAGCACCUCUUGUCUGCCAGGCUGUCGCCGCAGAAGGGGAAAGCUCGGUCUCUUCAGCACGACGAAGCGGCGAGGUUGCUGAGGGCGGCUCGCGUCCUGCGGGCAACAGACUUGGAGAAGCGGUGCACGCUGUACAUGCAAGCCAACGGCGUGUUCCCUGCAGUCAUGAAGUUGCGCCGGGAGCUGGUCGUCCCUUCUCUCAACACGUCGGAUGUGACAAGGGGCUUGGCUCGGUUGAGCAACAGCGGGUAUCUGGGAUCGGGCCCUGCGCACGCGUGGUCUUCAUCUGGGGCGGUGUCCACGUUUUCUGCUUCCGCUACAGUAGCGGCUGCCAAGCGAGCAGUCGACUUGUCACUGCGCAAGCGAGCUGUGGACUUUGAUCAGCUGGUGCCUCUCCUGCUAGACACGAUCCGGUGUACAUCGACGCUUUCUAUUGGGCGCCAGGAGCGCGCGGUUCUUCUCACGGCAGCCUUGGCCGACGCGUGUCCUCAAGAAUCUCCACGCUGCCAGAACGAGGCGCCCGACCCACUCGCUGCUCCGCAGCGGUGGCGUCCGAUUCCACCAAAGCUCCGAGGUUGCUGCGAUGCGGUUCGUUGCGACGGGGACAGGUGGAACGCUGACCGACCUGCUGUUCCGCUCGUGUCGAACGUCUCCGCGUUUUCCCACGGUAUGGGCUGGCUCCUCAGGACCGGAACGGUAGCCGACGCUGUCUUGGUCCUUCCCGGGCAACCUAGCCACUCACACGCAAUGCCGCCGGCGACGGUGAUCGACAACGGGGAGGAGGACGAGAAGAACGACUCAGGAAAUCGAGAGAGUCUCAGUCCGGGUGGCAGGGUUGGUGUACAGUCCAGCGAGCGGGAUGCGCACUCAGCCGAUAGCGCGGUUGAUUCUCCCGCCAGAGUGUCGUCAGGAGGGCUCGUGAAGGACGAAGGCUCAGGACGGCCGAUGGCCGAUUCGCCCAAAGUGGAACGGACCACGAAGGAUCAACUUGAGAACAGCCAAUUCCUGGCGCAUUCCAUGGUGCUGGCCUCUAGAUCGGAAAAGUUCGCAGCAAUGCUACGUUUUGUGCAACGACAAGACGGCGAUAGCCGAACCUACGCAGACAGCGUCGACGGCAGGAGCACGGACGAUGAUUUUUCCACCGAUGCUGACAUACCUGAGGGCGAACACAGGAAUAGAGAGGAAUCUCCAUGGGGUGAUGUGGAGCAAGGAGAACCUGUUGGUCACAACCAAGGCGAAGCUGUGGACAAUAGUGGCCAAGAUGGGGAGGUUUCGCAGCUCCCUCGAAGUGACAGCCGCCGACCCUCGCCACCCAGCGACCGGAGAUGCCACCGUCGCCGGCGUCCCCGACGUAAUCCGGCGCCAAGAGAAAUAGAACUCCACUCUCCACUUCUCACCCCGCAGUCUCUCGGCCUAUUUCUGGAGUUUUUGUACACUGGCGUGCUGGACACGUCGCUGUCCACGAGGGAGUUGUCCGAGCUCGCCCUCAUCGCGGACGAAUAUCUCGUGCCCGACCUCACUCGGCAGGCAGAAGCUCUUCUGGUGGAGUGCUUGGCGUCACGGAACGCUGGCGAGUAUUUGUUCGACUCUACAACGUUCAACGGAACGACCACCAUUCAAUCCAAGAGAGAAGAAGACACAGCAUCAGCACCGCUUGAACUUCUGCAGCUGGGAGUUUCACUGGCGCUGCCAGAUCUAUCGGCCGCGGCAGCGCGGGCCGUGCUUCUCCAGCUGGACAGGGUUUCCAGAUCGGAGGCUUUCGAAGAAUCGAGCAUGUCUAAGCGAGAGCUUGUCAUGGCGGCUCUGGAGGCGAUGUGUUCUUGACUUAUCGGUUUCACUCUGUUUUGAGGCAUGUUCGUCAGCUCCAAUUGCUACUGCUACACCGUGGCAAUCUAGAUCGAGGAAGCUGUGGACCCACGCAUAGGUACAAUUGGCGUUUCGCGGGGUGUGUGAGUUUGAAUCCCGUCAUGCGAGAGUUGCGGUCACGAAGCUGCAGUCAGCGUCGUGCAUUGAGAGAUAAAGGUGUCGAUUUUGUUAG